UUGAAACUGAAAAUGAUAGCCGUAAAGCCUUGCGAGCUCCUUCUCAUCUGUUUCACACUGCUUUACGGUUUUGGAGCAGCGUUUAACUGCACCAGUCCAACUCCUGAAGCUUUGUUUGAUGCACUUGAGAAAAACUUAUUCACUAAAACACUUCUGCGACCUGUAAAAAGCUUCUCAGAUCCACUUAACAUAACCAUCAGUAUCACUGUGGUGGGAAUUAUAGGAGUGGAUGAAAAAUCCCAAACCCUAACAACACUCAUAUGGCAAAUUCUGGAGUGGAAUAUAGCAGGACUGAGCUGGGAUGAGAAGGAAUGUGGAACCAAAAGAGUCUCUGUCCCUCGGGACAGGCUUUGGAUCCCAGAUGUCCACAUUGCAGAGUUCAUGGAAGAGGAUAAAUCGCCCAAAACUCCUUAUGUCUACUUACAAAACACAGGUGAUGUUUUUGAUGAUAAGCCAGUCAGAGUGGCCAGCUCCUGCAAAUUAGGGAUCUACACUUUCCCCUUCGAUAUCCAAAACUGCACACUGACCUUCGGAUCAUAUCUACACUUUGCUGUGGACGUAACUGUGUUAAGAGGCGCCACAGCUCAAGAGAUCCUGGAAGAGUCGCAAGAGGUGAUGGAGACCAAUGGGGAGUGGGAGCUCGCAGGUCUCAGUAUAUCUACCUUCAACCUGGCAUUAGAAGAAGGGAGCUACUCUGAGAUCAAAUAUCAUCUCAUCAUAAAACGCAGGCCACUCCUCUACGUGGUGAACCUGUUGAUCCCCAGCUGCUUCCUCAUCACAGUGGACCUCUUCAGCUUCCUGCUGCCUCCCGCAAGCGUGGACCGGUCCUCCUUCAAGAUGACCCUCAUCCUGGGCUACACCGUCUUCCUGCUCAUCAUGAACGACCUGCUGCCUGUCACUGGAGAAACAACACCUCUCAUUAAUGUUUUCUUCUCCAUCAGUCUCGCUCUGAUGGUGGCCAGCCUGUUGGAGACGGUGUUCAUCACUAAUAUCCAGUUCAGCUCCAGUCAGUACAGUGCAGUGCCUAACUGGCUCAGUGUCCUCGUGUUACGAUAUCUGGCUGUAGUAGUUUGUCUCCCUCGAAAGAAAAAGAGCAACAAAAUCACUGUCAACCUCAACCCAUCUAAUAAAGAACCAGGAAUGAAUUCCAGCAUCACCAGUGUCUCAGUCAUCCACCCUAAGAGCAUCUUUGGUGACACACCUCCAGUGAAACUCCUUGAGGCCCCUUCACCCCCUCAGGAUCCGAUCGUGGAUGAACUGAGGAAGUUGAGCAAAGAUCUCUCAGCCAUCCGCCAUCAGAUAGACAAUCACUCCCAGGGGAGCAAAACAUCACAGGAAUGGCAAAUGGUCGGAGUAGUCAUCGACCGCCUGCUGUUUUGCUUGUACAUCAUCUUCAUCGUUGUCAGCUUCAUCGCCAUCAUAUCUAUCUGGGUCUGGAACAAUUCGUAUUCACCGUGAUUUAACUAGAGAGUUAAAAUUGGAACCAUACAUACAUCAUAGACAAAUAACUGUUCAU